GCCGAUACUUAAUUUCUCUUCAGAAAUUCUGAAGAUUUCCGUUGAGACUAUAUUUGAAAUGAACGUACCCAUUAUUGCGUAUCUCCCACUUAUAGUCUUGGUGUAUCCUGUCUUAUAUGCCAUUUCAACAAUAUUCUUGGCUGGAUCUUUAAUAUGUGCCGGGAUUUCUUUGUGGCGCAUGAGACAACGUGAUUUUGGCAUACACGGAGACAGCACCAAAACAAACCUGAUGCCAGCAAUUGACAUAUUUUAUUCUCUAGUUAUCUUCCAGGGUGCGUUAUACUUUUUAUGGCUCAUAUCAACCUUUGCGGGACCACACCUAGUCGCUUCAUUCAAUAAGGUAGGAGUAUUUGAGUUGCCAGAGAAGUUUAGGAGAAGAUUAGUUUCAUCAUACCUCUACGUCAGCCGGUCAAACUGCUGGACGAACCCUAAAUCCAUCAAGACUACGUCAUUGAUCAAGUACGCGGCCGACUUGCUGGACUCUGAAUCAUCGCAAGGCUACCUCUCUGGAUCAAGGAUUCUGGGCGGGUUCAUCAAGAGUGGAGUGGAUGUAGGGACAGUUAUACACCCUUCGAGCCAAAAGGUUCAGAAGCUGAUCGAUACUCUGAGGUGCAGAAGCAGGGACAGAGAGGUUAGGGAGCUCUCCGCCAGGAUACUGGCGCAUAUUGCCUGUGACAUCGAUUUAACCCUGUUCCCUGGGCUAAUACGGUGCAUAUCCUCCCUACUGGAUACAACCCUGCCGUAUUGGAACAUCAACCAAGGAUACAAGUGCAACCCUGCCGUUUUUGAAGAAGCUCCAGCUAUAUUUGAACAGCAGGACUACAUCUAUGACAGCGAAGGAGGUCGCUGGAAUGAGUUGAUUCUGCAGGGCCUGACCAUUCUCGAGAGGCUGGCGUCUGACCAACAUAACUGCAUGGACAUAUGCAGCACCCCCGGUCUAAUCCCCAAGAUCAUGGCACCUAUAUACUCGGAAACACUAAUCAAAGGUGUCAACAUUAUGGCAUGGCACGAUAUAGUAAAUGGAACACUCAGAUUGGUAGUUGGUACACCGGCUCAUCUGUGCUCCCGAGUGGACUGGCCAAAGGCUGGCCCAUGAAAUCUCUUCAAGCAAGCAGGCACUGAACAACCUGGACAGCCUACUUGAUCCGGGCAACAAAGCUAGCAAAGAGCUUCAGAUGCGAGCCAUAGAGAUCCUAACAGAAAUGACUUUGGAUUCAUCUACCAACCUCAAGACGGGAACAAAAGAAAAUUUAAUCAAGAAGCAGUUGCAGAUAUUCCUUAAUGGUGAUGAAGCAGAAGAAGAGAAGCAUAGAUUAACGGCUGGGAAAACACUGGGAUUACUUUCCAAGAUAGAAAAUAUCAAUGUGUUUAUAAUGAAGGAACAGAGCAAUAUUUUUUAUCUUCUCAGUGGAAUACUCGACGCUAAGAACAGCAUCACAUACAAGACAGUAGCAUUGGAGGUCCUGGAGAAUUUGUGUACUCACUGUACAUUGGACAAGAAUUAUGUGAAGGAGUCCUUGCUGCCAAAGAUCCUUGCAGAAGUACUGGCUAGUCAACGAGAACUCCCCAAAAUUGAGAGAAAAAAUUCUGAACUGGAUAGGCCACUGCGGCGGAAUCGUGCUAACCUGACCAGUGUAAAAAAGAGACUUCCAACAAAAAGAGAUGAAGAAAACCAGGUAAUUUCUGGACCCAGAGGUGAUGAAGAAAAGCAACUGGUGUCCAAACACAGCGGCCAAAUCAAGUCACGCGAUCAAGCAAAUGAGGAGCAAAUUGCUAAAAUGGAAUUCCAAGAAGCACUGUUAUCCCUUACUUUGGUGAUAUGUGACAAACUGAUCAGUGCAGAUGACUUUGAUGAAGUAGCUCGGAAGGCUGCCCCAGGAGAAGGUGAAUUUGUGGCGAAGCUCAAGAUUAUUUUUCGAUAA